CAAUGGCGGCGGAUUGGAAGGUUUAUAAAACUAGAUCGUCUGGAAGGCAGCCUUCGAGGCAAAUGAUGGAAGACUUUAGCAGUGGAGGCCCUUCGGCAAGAACCAACAACAGGACGCCAAGGCUGCUAGAAACUGAUGGAGAUAAAGGUAUUAACACCAAGAAAAGAUCAGCAAAAGAAGAGAUACUCUUACAGCAAAAUGAGACCCAAAAGAAAGGAAUGAAAGACACUGGGAUACAAGUUUAUAAGGCAGGCGCAAGAAAGACUGCCUCGACCCCUACCGUAAACACAAGCAUUGUCAAGGCCAAGGUGAAAGUAACUGCUCGUAAAUCUUUACCUCAUGCUUUGCUUCCCAAAAAAUCGCCCCCAACUACUGCAGAGAAAAACAGUCGAAGUUCCAGUAGAAGAAACAUUCUACCGAUUAGAUUUGAAUUUCAAAAAGCAAACUCGCAAAACCGUCGUAUUUUGGUUCGAAACAAUCCUGCUGCACAAAACGAAACAGGUAAUAUUGCUUCACCUGCCCCACCUCAGCCUCAAAGUGAGUUACCCAAAAACACUGACGACGGUCAACCCAAAGUGUUGACUGCAGCACGGAAAUCAGCCCCAUAUUCAAGAAACACUCCCAAGACUAAAAAUACUUCACCUGCCCAAUCUCAAGUGAUGCAAAAUGGGUUAGCCCAAAACACUGACGAUGGUCAACCCAAAAUGUUGACUGCAGCACGGAAAUCAGCCCCAUAUUCAAGAAACACUCCCAAGAAUAAGAACACUUCACCUGCCCAAUCUCAAGUGAUACAAAAUGGUGUACCCCAAAACACUGACGACGUUCAACCCAAACGGUUGAUUGCAGCACGAAAAUCAGCCCCAUAUUCAAGAAACACUCCGAAGAAUAAGAAUACUUUGCCUGCCCAAUCUCAAGUGAUCCAAAAUGGUGUACCUCAAAACACUGACGACGGUCAACCCAAAGUGCUGGCUGCAGCAAGGAAAUCAGCCCCAUAUUCAAGAAACACUCCCAAGACUAUUUCACCUGCCCAGUCUCAGGUGAUACAAAAUGGUUUACCCAAAAGCACGAAUGACGGUCAACCCAAAGUGUGGAUUACAGCGCGGAAGUCGGCCCCAUACUCAAGAAAUUCUCCAAUAAAUAAGAAUACAACCGAUGUAACGGAUAAAGACACUGGACUACAAGAGGCUUGUCCAGCACCAAAGAGUCCUCUAAAUACCAUGUUGGAAAAUGAGCAGGAUUCUCCGGUUAAGACAAGUCCGAUACAAACACCGUACGAUGACGCCAUCAGUAACAAUGCCAAAGAAAAUGGUGAUCUGUCUCAACAAGGUUUCAGGGAAGUUGUGGAUGACGGGUCGUUUAUGCCAAUGAGGAUUACAAGAUCUUUAUCGCCGGCAACUUUGCUUCAAGGAGUACAACGUGCUGCUGUGUUGGGUUUAUUAAAGUCCAAAUCUUUGCAUGCUAAUACAAUAGGUCAAAGGUCACAGGAGCAAGCUGAAAUCAACCUCAACUUCAGAAAUAAAGUUUCUAAAGCAAUAGCUAAGAACAAUAGUGUAGCUAAGUUAAGAUCCCAAACACCAGAGAGUAAAAGUGAAGAUGAGGCGGAUAUCAACAUGGACGACAGCGCAGAUACAAGUCCAGAUUUAGCAGCAACUUCUCUCGAUACCUCACAAGCUGAGUCACAAGAUGUUUUUGAUGAGUACGAUCCACCGAAGUUAAUCAGCAGUAAGGAUCUUGAAGCUCUUGAGCUUAGUAAUAACGACGAGACGAUGGGUUUGGAGAGAUCACCGCCAGAUAUCCUCCCUGCUGAGGAAGUUAUGCAACAACAGACGUACCCCCCGUGUGGCGAUCAAGUCACCUCAGAUCGAGAUAAUCCAACACCAAUACCAGGAACUACCGCCUCCUCCUUAACCCCUCCGCAUGCCCAAGCUGCAGACUUUCCUGUAGGUACUGCCGGCUCCGCUACACCGGAUUCUUCAGCCAUGGAAUCCUCGCCGUCAGAUCAAAGAAAGAAGAAUAAGAGCAAGCCUCGUAGAAACACUCACUUUGGCAUGAAGAGACAUCGCAAUGGAAAACCUGGACACAAAGUCAAUAACUAUGAUUCUGAUUCUACUGAUAUCCAGAGUGAAACUAGUGGUGAACAAGAACCUGGUUCAAAGAAGCAAAGGUCAAGCAGUUCCUCUACGUUGGCCAGCUUAGAAUCAGACGCUGAAUCCACCACUACGACUGAGAUUAUCAAUCAACAAGCCAUCAGUCGUCAUCUUCAGUCUGAGCUACCCUUGUGUUGUUGUCGUAUGGAGCAAGACGGCCCAUCCUCAGUAACGCUAAACACCUGCAGAGCAUUGGAAGUCAUCGGUAACGAGCUCGUUGAGUGUAAAAACAAAAUCAAUUCCAACAAAUUACAUCGACCAUCUUCAAGAGUUCCUUACGGUGCAUUCUGCGUAGAACACAAAACUCUGAUGGUAGACCAUAAAUGUUGUCCUGGCUGCGGAUGUUUUUGUAAUACGGGAGUUGUGAUGGUUUGCAACUCUGACGAGAAAGAUAAACCUCAGCAUCAUUUUCAUCGUGAAUGCAUCUACGGUAUCUCAGGCACCCUGUACUGCCCUCACUGUGGUGAUGCAUCCAAUCUGCGUGAAAUCUCCAUACCAUCUAAUGGCCGAAUCAACGCAAUGCGUAAAAUCCCAAAGUCCAUGAUUCAAAGUGGGAUUGUGAAGUUACCGCAGUCGCUGGUUGAGAAGUUAGUGGGAUCCUCCGAGGCAGAGGAUGAGAACAUGUUACCUAAAGCUCUGGAGGAUCUUCCAGUUGGACCGAGCGCCAGAAUGAGCAUGACUGUGAAGGAGAAACCAACACCAGUGAAUGUCGAAGAUGAAUUCUUUACCUUGCCAUCUAAGAGCAUUACUCUCAAAUCAGGAUCCAUCGUUACAACACAACGAUUGCCACCAGGACCAGGAAGGAAUGUACUAGAGUCUGCCAUGGAAUACCUCCAUACGGAGACACCAAAGAGGAUUCGUUUUUUCCCUAAGAAUGUUUACGCGGCUUCAAGUGAGGGAGAUAUGGCCAAGGUUCUUCAAAUGCUGGCGGAGGGAUUUGACCCCAACUAUCGUUUCCGUUCUCACAACAUGGAGUCCGCUUUACAUCCUGCCGCUGCUAACGGAAACCUAGAGAUUAUUGUAAUCUUACUACAGGCCGGGGCCAAUAUAGAUGCUGAAGAUGAGGACCACAAAACACCACUGAUGUCAGCUGUCGAGAGCAAUCAUAACGACUGCAUGAGGUAUUUGAUCAAACAUGGUGCUACAGUUCAGCAUAAGGAUGAUGAAGGUAUGACUAUUCUUCAUGUAGCAGCCAAGAAUGGUAAUCUAGAGGCAGUCAAAUAUAUCACAUCUCUCAGGAAAAUUAACCCAAAUUCCCAGGACGAUGGAGGUUGGACACCGAUAAUCUGGGCUGCUGAAUAUAAAAUUAUUCCAGUAGUUCAGUUUCUUAUUGAGAGAGGCGCUGAUUCUAACAUCAGAGACAAGGAAGGGAAUUCCGGUCUCCAUUGGGCUGUGUUUUCUGGUGCUGAUGAUGUUGCUGAAAUAUUUAUCAAUCGCCAUGGUGAUGUACACGCACCUAAUGUACAUGGUGACACACCCCUGCAUAUUGCAGCAAGAGAAAACAACUAUGGAUGUGUAACGAUGUUGCUCCUCCGUAAUGCAAGUAUUGAUGUGACUAACAAAGAAGGAGAAACUCCAGUGGAUUGUGCCAAACCUGACACGGACGUCUCUCUGGCUUUACAAGUCAAUCGGAAAAUGAAGGUAGCCAUAGCCAACCGAGCCAUUAGGACCGAGAAAAUCAUCAGCCGCGAUAUCGCACGUGGUUUGGAGGCACUACCCAUUACAGUUGUCAACGCUGUAAAUAACGACCCUAUACCAACUGACUUCCACUAUGUUGCUAAGAGUUGUGAAACAACACCACUCAAUAUCAAUCAUAGCAUCAAGCAGCAACCGAUGUGUACCUGUUUGAAUGAAGAUUGCUCUACUGAUGAUUGUGAGUGCGCCAAUCAGAGCGUACAGUGCUGGUAUGAUCUGGACGGGCUCCUAUUUAAAGACUUUGACUAUCACGAGCCACCUUUGAUCUUUGAGUGUGGACCUGGGUGUCGAUGCCUGAGGACCUGUCGUAAUCGUGUCGUCCAGAAUGGAAUUAGGUGCCAUUUACAACUGUUUCGUACUUCUCAAAUGGGCUGGGGUGUACGGGUCACUCAAGAUAUACCUCAAGGGACGUUUAUAUGCGAAUACGCCGGAGAGCUUAUUUCUGAUGCAGAGGCAGACAAGAGAGAAGAUGAUUCUUAUCUCUUUGAUCUUGAUAACGAGGAGCGUGAGGUGUAUUGUAUCGACGCUCGUUACUAUGGCAACGUUAGUCGUUUUAUAAACCACCUGUGUGAUCCGAACCUCGUACCCGUCCGAGUGUUUAUCGAACAUCGUGAUAUCAGCUUUCCAAGGAUCGCUUUCUUUGCGUCACGUGAUAUCAAGUCGCAGGAAGAACUUGGCUUUGAUUAUGGAGACAAGUUCUGGGCGAUUAAAUCCAAGUUCUUCAGGUGUUGCUGCGGUUCAGUCCAUUGUAAGCACGCUGAGGGUUCGUCUGGAAGCAGUGACCCCGACAGUUGAGAAGCGUCCCCUCACACCAAGAACAAGGUUCCUUUUUACUUCUCUUUUGAUUCUCAUACCAUUUGUUGUCAUUUGUUGUUGAUACCUGAGGUAAACUUCAAGACCAAAUUGAUGUUGACUUUGGUGUGAAGUAGUGAGUGGUUUAUGAAACCCUGGUGAGAUCUCGCUGCACCUUGCAAGAUUGUGACAAUGUCUUCAGUAUUAUACUUGUAUGUGGGAACAUAAUAUACCAAGGAAGGAAAAUCAAAUAUAGUGAAGUUUCACCAAGAGUCCUUCCCAACAUUGAUUUCCUGAUCAUCUUGUUUUGUUGUAAAAAACUAACACACACAUCACAGUGAGGCUGGACACAAAAUAGUCUGGCCCCUCUGAUAUAAAUCAAUGUCAUAGUCAUCUCUGUGAACGAGGUAUCAGGUCAAAGAUGAUAAUCAAAAUGGCCUGUCAACA